AUGCCCAAUCCUGGAUUUGUGCCUUUGUCGGCAGAUACCGAUGCAGAGGAGGGGAACGAGGUCAUCGACAAUGUUACUCGAGCCGAAUUUGAGGACACGCAAAGGGAGAACCGUGAGUUCCGGCGCCGCAUUAUGGAGUAUGAGAACGAACGUCGUGACAUGCAGCGUGCUGCGUCGAACUCACCGACCAACAAUGGAGGAGAGGGCAGCAGCAACCUGGCAAACUCCCCCGGCAUUGGCCAAGCCGAGGAUGCGCCGCUGGAUGGGAGUGGGCAGGCAGGUGCGGGUGGCAUCGCAACGCGCAAUGACGGUGUGGCAGCCGCUACUAUGCUGACGCCGGUCCCCAGCGUCAUUCGUGUGGAGCCGAACCGAAACGCGAUCCAAAAUGCUGUGAAGUUGGCGCACAAGCGGGGUGUCAUACUGGACUUGCAGCAGCUGUCAAGCAUGCAGUUGACGUGGGCUCACCGGUACGCCGCCGCCUUGGCGGGCGUCCCCGAUAUUCACAACGGUUUUAAGGGAGCGGCGAGACGUGCAGUGGAAAUCAUGUACUUCGAGACGCCAGACGUUGACCAUGAGUACUGGACGCCGUGGGACACCAAUAUUACUGCACUGUGCACCGCUAUCGGUAUAACCGACGCCGACUAUGUGGCGAAAGUGCGGCUGGUCAUGGAGAAUGAGAAAACGCGCCCGUCCCACCUCCGAAAGCAGCAGCAAGAUGCCCGCAACAAGGUCCACACCAUGGGCCGUGUGAUGCUGUACGAGCGAUUCCACAUCCGUAUUGCUCGACCGGAUCGUGGCCCUUGUGCCUCGUUCUCACCAGCCCCUCACUCCCUUGUACCCCCCCCUUUCCCUUUCCCGCAGCAGGCGCACCUGCAGGCAAACUGGAGGGCACCUGCCAUUGCCGUGGGUUUCACAGCAAGGGCCGUGUGCGUCGUUCUAACCAGCCCCUCCCUCCCUUGUGCCCCCACUUUCCCCUUCCAGCAGGCGCACCUGCAGGCAAACUGGAGGGCACCUGCCAUUGCCGUGGCAGGCGCACCUGCAGGCAAACUGGAGGGCACCUGCCAUUGCCGUGGGUUUCACAGCAAGGGCCGUGUGCGUCGUUCUAACCAGCCCCUCCCUCCCUUGUGCCCCCACCCCCCCUUCCAGCAGGCGCACCUGCAGGCAAACUGGAGGGCACCUGCCAUUGCCGUGGGUUUCACAGCAAGGGCCGUGUGCGUCGUUCUAACCAGCCCCUCCCUCCCUUGUGCCCCCACCCCACCUUCCAGCAGGCGCACCUGCAGGCAAACUGCAGUGCACAUGCCAUUUCUGCGGGACCAGGCCCUUGUGCCUCGUUCUCACCAGCCCCUCACUCCCUUGCGCACCCCCCCUUUCCCUUUCCCGCAGGUGCACCUGAGCCCAAACUGCAGUGCACCUGCCAAUGUUGCGUGA